GAUGUGACAUCACUCGCACUCGCUCGACUUGAAACCAGAAGCGAGGUUCAGGGUUUGGGGAACAAGACCAGGAAGCUGCGGCAACUGAUAAGACAGAAAACAUAUGAAGCAUAAAAUAAGACAACGUUGAGAACUUACUUCUCUCUUAGAGUCGUGUUGAGAAUUGGACUUAAGCUUCGAUCAGGCAUCUUGAGAUCUGCCGGUCGGUCCCCUCUAGGACUGUGCUGUGUGGUCGUGGCAGGAACACGCCCUAACUCCUGGAUAUGGCAGGUCUCCGUGGUGUCAAGAUCCUGCUGCUCUGGGCUGGAAUCAUUGGUUUGGCCAAAUGUCAAGAACCCACUGUAACAACCACUGCUCCCAACGCCUCACCCAUAAGCAGCAACAGUAACACCACUUCGCCCCUGACCUCACCUGAAGUCCCCCGGCUCCACACCACACGAGGUCAAGAACCCAAUGCACCAGGUCAAGAACCCACUGUAACAACCACUGCUCCCAACGCCUCACCCAUAAGCAGCAACAGUAACACCACUUCGCCCCUGACCUCACCUGAAGUCCCCCAGCUCCACACCACACGAGUGCAACGUUCUACAGCUCCCACGCUACAGUGUACUUACACUGUAAAACCCAUCAAGUUUGGCCUCCAGAUUAACAUCACAAGCUCGGCAGUUAUCCAUGUUAAUGCCACCAUAAUGAUUAAUGAACAAGGGAAACCACUGACUAAAGCAAUAUCCUUGGCUCCUCAUUCCAAUCAAAGUUCAUCCCAUGAAAUCAAACAGCUGAAGCCCUGCACUAAAUAUGAGCUUGAUGUGACACUUGCUUCCGAUAAACACCAACCAACGCCCUGCAUUACUGUAAAUGAUACCGUGACAGAUCCAAUAAGUGAAGAGGACAUUAAAGAUUUCAAUUGCAACUCUACCAGCAGCAAAUUCGUGUGUUACCGAACUGGAUGGGACAUCAGCUCUUUACAAACAGAUAGGAUCCCAGCUCAGCCAUGUGACAACAACACCGUCUGUUUCAAACCUGGUUCUGAUGACAUUUGCUCUAAUAUGACUUUGACCUUCUCAUCCUGCAACAACAACUUUCAGUUCAACAGAAGCAUCCCCCUCGGUUUUUUAGAUGUCAAAAGCAUAAACCAAACUGCUCCAACACAAUUUCCUGCAGAAUUUAAAGCAGAAUUACCUCCAAACUGCAAACUCUCCAUUGAUUACACCUGUCGUGUGUCCUAUCAUCCUGGCGAGCCACGAGUCAAUAAGGCUAAGAAACCGUCUGAGCUGGAGCCUUUCACGGACUACAGCUGUAUCGGUCACAUCAAGGACAACAAUGUCAACGUAUACAACACAACUCAAGUUAACGUCUGGAUCGACUGUGAUCUCAAAAUAAACAUCACAAAUACAAGCACCACCAACACAUCCUCUCAGCUGACUUGGAACACAACCAGUAACAGAUGUAAAAACGUGAUUCAGAAUCUUACGAAGCUUUCGUACAGCUGCAGCUGUGUAGAUCGACAGGGAUAUGUAUGGGGUUCCAAACAGCCUUCAGGAGGAACCUGCAACAUUCCUCAUCUGCAGCCAUACACGGACUACACCUGCAAGGUCCAAGCCUACUACAACAACAACUACAACUACAACCAUGAUAGGCCCACUACAGUUCAACAGAAAACUAAGAUUGGAGUACCAGGGGAUAUAGAUCGACUGAUCCUGGAGGUUAAAGACCAUAAUACGAUCAUUGUGACCUGCCAAUAUUCGAAACGCUUCAAUGGACCUGACAGAAUAUUCAGAGCACAACUUCAUUAUGGUAGUAGCUCUCUGAAAAACAUUAGCGGGGGCAAAUGUAAAUUUGAAUUCGACAACCUGAAGUACUCUACGACCUACGAACUGAAGGUGAUUGCUGCCAACAGUCGGUUUGAGAGCAAGCCCAUCACAAAGCAAAUUUCUACUGAAUAUAAUGACAAAGCUGUCAUUGGUUUUCUCGUCUUCCUCAUCAUCCUCACGUCUGUGGCUCUGCUGCUGGUCGUCUACAAGAUCUUGGACUUGAGGCGCAGGAAGUCCCAUGACCUGAGUGAGAACAUGAUACUCAUUUCAACAGCAAAUGAUGAGGAGAACCUGCUGCCCGUCGAGCCCAUUGCAGCAGAGUUGCUGCUGGAAGCCUACAAGAGGAAACUGGCUGAUGAAGCGAGACUCUUCCUGGCUGAGUUUCAGAGCAUCCCCAGAAUUUUCUCCAGGCACUCGGUGAAAGACGCCAAAAAGUCCACCAAUGUCCCCAAGAACCGCUACGUCGACAUCUUACCCUAUGAUUAUAACCGUGUCCAGCUGACCACAGGAAAUGGCGAGGCAGGAUGUGACUACAUCAACGCCAGCUUCAUUGAUGGGUACAAGGAAGCCAAAAAGUACAUUGCAGCUCAAGGGCCCAAGGAUGAGACUUUGGGUGACUUCUGGAGGAUGGUCUGGGAGCAGCAGUCAUCUAUUAUCGUCAUGGUAACCCGCUGUGAAGAGGGAAACCGGGUCAAGUGUUCGCAGUACUGGCCGUCUCCAGAUCGGGAGGCCGAGAUCUUUGAGGAGUUUAUAGUGAAGCUGAACUCAGAGGAGACCUGUCCGGAUUACACCAUCCGUCACCUCAGCCUGACUAACAAGAGAGAGAAGAACUCAGAAAGGGAGGUGACUCACAUCCAGUUCAUGAGCUGGCCUGACCACGGCGUCCCAACGGAGCCACACCUCCUCCUGAAACUGAGGCGGCGCGUCAACGCUUUCAAGAAUUUCUUCAGCGGCCCCAUCAUCGUCCACUGCAGUGCUGGAGUGGGUAGAACAGGGACUUAUAUCGGCAUUGAUGCCAUGAUGGAGGCUCUGGAGGCGGAGGGCAGAGUGGACAUCUACGGUUACAUGGUCAGACUCCGCAGACAGAGAUGCCUCAUGGUUCAAGUGGAGGCCCAGUACAUCCUGAUUCAUCAGGCUCUGGUGGAGCACAACCAGUAUGGAGAGACUGAGAUCCCUCUGUCCGAGGUCCACAGCACACUGAGCACACUCACAGAGAAAACCUCUGAAAGUGAAGCCACCCUGAUGGAGGAGGAGUUUGACAGAGUCCCCCUAUUUCAUAAAUGGAGGACGUUCAAUGCAGGGGUCACUGAGGAGAACAGGGAGAAGAACCGCCCUUUGUCUGUCAUCCCAUAUGACUACAACCGAGUGCUGCUGAAGAUCGACGAAGGACGCAGUCAUGAUAGUGACCCUGAAGAUGAAGAGGAGGAGUCAUCAGAUGAAGAGGAUGAGGAAUCCUGUAGAUACAUCAAUGCCACCCACAUUAAUGGAUACUGGGGCCCACGUGCCCUCAUCGCAGCUCAGACUCCACUGCCGGACACCAUGGCUGACUUCUGGUUGAUGGUUUACCAGAAGAGAGUGUCCACUCUUGUCAUGCUCUCAGAGGAGAAUAAGGAGUCGGACACUGUGUACUGGGAUAAGGACAAGAGGACAUUUGGGGACUUGGAGGUGGAGGUGGUGAGCACAGACACCACCCCGAAUUUCAUCAGACGCAAUCUGAUGAUCCGCCACGACAAGAGGACAGAGAGUCGCUCGGUGAAACAGUUCCAGUUCCUGAAGUGGGCGAACAGGGAGCUGCCGGAGACGCCUCAGUGCCUCGCAGACAUGAUGAAGGAGAUCAAGAGUGGCGGUGGAGGCAGCAAAUCACAGACGGCCGUGGUCCACUGCAAUGACGGCUCGUCCCGCAGCGGGAUCUUCUGCGCCCUGUGGAAUCUGCUGGACUGCGCUCAGACCGAGAAAGUGUUGGAUGUUUUCCAGGUGGUCAAAACUUUACGGAAGGAGAGACAGAACAUGAUCUCCAGUCUGGAGCAGUACCAGUUCCUGUAUGACACAAUGCAGAUGGUCUUCCCUGUCCAGAAUGGGGAAGUGAAAGCGGUGCAGGCCUCAGCAGCUGACUCCAUCCAGAUUAUCAGUGAAACCGCAGCAGCCAAGCAGCCAGACAGCGCUGCCAGCAGCCAGCAGCAGGAGGCGGCAGAGAGCACUCACCUGGUGGCUGAGGAAGACAACGAAGAGGAGCCUGGUAAAGAGUCCUCGCUGAUGGAGGACACCAGCACUGUCCCUCUGGAGGUCUGAGGAGCGGUGGCACACGUGGCUGAGCCUUUUCCUGAGGAGAUUUGUGCUGCAGCGCAAUGCUUUCUUUUCAGUUUCUUCAUGAAUGUAUAGAAACUGUUAAACUCAAUGUGGUUCAGGUUCUGACGUGUUAAAGAAUUUGAUCAAAUGUUUUACUUUUGAUUUCCAAAGAGAGGAAAAUAUAAUGUUAGAGUAAGUUAUAAAUAUUUUAGUAGCUAAUGUGUAAGGGUGCAAAUGUGUGCAAAGGUUAUGAAUAGUGCUGUCGUCAAACUCAAACGGACUUUGGAUUUACUGUAUAUUGAUACAAGAAUUCAAAUUUUAAAUAUGCAAUACAUUGUUUUAUAUCCCUCUAUAACAUGCAUUUUCAGUUGAGAGGGUUAGUUUAUGUUUUGGUUUUCUUGCUAAAUAAACAGAUGCUAUGUUUUCUUCAUUUAUACAGAUAUAUAUUUGAUAUAUCUAAAUAAUUAAGUUUAAAAUUUGUAAUGUAACACAGUGAUAUUUGAUUAAAAGAUACUUACAAUAA